GUGGCCAUCUUGUUGAUAUCUGGGGCUUGAAUAAAGAACAAAAAGCUCCUUGAGGUGUCGUGUGGAAAGAAAAGAGGAUGAUAAGUAAGGUGAUAAAACCCAGAAACUCUUCAGAGCACCAGGUUAGAGAAAGAGGAAGAAGAAGAUGAGGAUGAAGAAGCCAGAACCUCCUUGAGGAAUGGCACGGAUGAAGAAAAGGGGAAUGAGAGACGUCAACCUCCUUGAGGACCAGCUUAGAAAAACAGAACGGAGAUCGAGGUCAAAACGCUCGUCAGAUGAGGAAGGGGAGGGCGAAGGUGAGGAGAAAGAGGAGGAAGAGGAAGAGGAGGAAUAGGAGGCGAAGAAAAGGAUUUGCAAGACAGAGAAGGACUUGGACGGUGCGAGCUCGCUUGGACAUAAAGUGAAAGAAAGCGAUUGCCUAAAUUGGCAGGUGGGCAAGAUCUGCCUAAGGCUGUACAGUCUUAUCGCAAGUAUCUACCUGGCACUACCAGCCGAUGGCAGUGUCUUCUUUAUUUUUCCUGCUCCCAAUCCACAUACUGCAGCUACUGUGACUGUCCCGACGUCCUUUAGAAAUCGCCGUACGGCUGGAC